CAUUUAGUAUAAUGAAAGUGUACUGGGAAGUAUAGAUGCAUAUUAAAAUAUUAAUACUGUCAUGUUACCUAAAGUGGGUAGGUGCACACAUUAAAGGCGUCUGGUGCAUUCCAAGGGAACCAUCACUCUAGCAAACUUUUUUAACAUAAAAGGGAUAUAUUUGAAAUAAUAAUUAUAUAAGUAUUUUUAAACAUUAAAAUUUAAAUUAAUAAAUUUUAAAAAUUAUGUAAAUUAAAAAUUUAAAUAGGAAUAUAAUGGCACGUUGCAUAGGGUGCACGUGUUAAUGGUGAGUUCCAAGGGAACCGGAUGGUGCACCUCUGUUUUACAGCACUGUAUCCGGAUGACCGGGUCGCGGGGGCGGUAGGGGUUGCUCCGAUUGGUCUAGCUCGAUUUCGCGGGUUCGAAGAGCCGCGCGUGUCAACGGGCCCGCCAAUCGCAGCCACCUCCGGUGCCUCCGGUCCGUCAGUCAGUGGCCGCGCGUUGUCCACGCAACAUCGUGACUGUUUUUUGUAGCUCAAAAUCUUUAAUAAAUUCUUCAUCACAUUUUUACUUUCCAACUCGCAUCCCUGCCAAUUUCUGCAAAGCAAUUACAAAUAUUAUUUUACAUUCUACAAUUUCAUUCAUUAAUCGUCGAGUUUUCUAGUUCACCUGUAAAAAGAAACAAGCGUUCUUUUGCAAGCGUGUACCAUGCCUUUGUUUGAUACUCACACGAUGUGACAGUGAAUAGAAAUUAUAACUAAAACGUUUAUUUAGUGAAAGAAACUGUGCCACGAUAUUCCUCUACUCGAUGUCCCAAGCAUUUUAAUUACUCAUCUGAGAAAUAUUCUAGACGCGUACAGUAUACGCGUUUUGAUAUUCGUCAAUUAGAGAGCUGGUUGUUUACCGGUGUUUUCCAGGGAUUGUGGUGCUCGUAUAACCUAUCGCGGCUUCCCGCGAUUUAUCUCCUCGGACCUAAGGUGUGGCGCGAAAAGUAUAGUGCAUUAGUAAGACGAGUACGUGUCUAUCAAUCUAACCCUAUUUCCGUGAUGCUCGUGACUAAGGAAACCCUUUACCUGUUCACACUUAUGUUACCAUGAAGCUGAAUAAUAAAAAAGAAAUAAGAACCUUUGAUCGAGCAGUAUUCAUUACUAGUGCAAACAGAAGAUAAAUAAUAGCGGCAAAAUGUUGAUAAAAGAAUAUCGAAUACCGCUGCCUCUCACCGUCGAGGAAUACAGGAUUGCUCAGCUUUAUAUGAUAGCGAAAAAAUCUCGGGAAGAGAGUCAAGGAGCAGGCAGCGGUGUAGAAAUCAUAGUAAACGAGCCUUACAGCAAUGGUCCAGGUGGAAAUGGACAAUACACCCAUAAGAUCUACCACGUGGGUAGUCACCUUCCAGAAUGGUUCAAAAGUUUGUUACCAAGAUCCGCGUUGAUCGCCAAAGAAGAAGCAUGGAACUCUUAUCCCUAUACGAAGACCCGUUACACCUGUCCUUUCGUUGAAAAAUUCUCCAUCGAAAUAGAAACCUACUAUUUCCCUGACAAUGGCUAUCAAGAGAAUGUUUUCAAACUCAGUGGUAGCGACCUGAGAAACAGAAUCGUUGAUGUAAUCGACAUUGUCAAGGAUCAGUGCGACUAUGUCAAAGAAGAAGAUCCUAAAACGUACGUGUCCCAGAAAACUGGUCGAGGACCCCUCACCGAGUCCUGGCUGGAGGAAUACUGGGCUGAUGUUAAAGGAAAGCAACAGCCGACGGCAUCCGGGAAGUCGUUAAUGUGCGCGUACAAGUUAUGCCGCGUAGAAUUCCGUUAUUGGGGCGUGCAAACAAAAUUAGAAAAGUUCAUACACGACAUAGCCUUGCGGAAAACUAUGGUGCGAGCGCACAGACAAGCAUGGGCCUGGCAGGACGAAUGGAACGGUUUGACCAUGGAGGACAUCCGAGAGAUUGAACGACAAACACAAUUGGCAUUGCAAAGGAGAAUGGCAAAUGCAGAAGGUGGCGAGGAAUCUGCGAAUGAAAAUCAGGAGAAGAAUACGUCUAAUACUCCUCAAGAGUCAGAUGUUGCUAUGACUUUGGCUGCCACGCUUGGUAGCAUCGAGAAGAACGAGGAUCCCCAAAGUCCACCUAGCGUUAGAAAAUCGUCGGAUAUACCCAUGUCUAAUACUACGGUUAGUUCCGAAGGUGAACCCAGCCCCGAAGACUCGCCCACUGAAGUACCCGAGCUUAGAAACGCUUCUGCUGAGGAUAAAGGUGACUCUAAAAAAGCGUGGAAGAAGAACAAAGGGGUAAUGAAUUCACCGUGUUCGAACAAAAGCUUUGAUAUGCAAAUAGCAAACUGGCGUAUGGAAAGUAUCGUGAGAGAAUCGGAAUCUGGUAGCGAAGACGAGUUUUUCGAUUGCCAAGAGGACUUUGGAGAUAACACUUCAUUAGCUAAAUGGAGUUCUUUGGAUCUUCUAGCAGAAGAGGAGGACAAUACGUUCACUUCGUCUAGCAGCGCAAAUAAAGAAGAUGAUACGAUAUUCUCACCUUCCUAUCUACAACGUAUGGCCAGUGAACGUAGCAGUAAAAGAUUGCAGAUCUCCGCUUCGGCGAGCAUUGAUGUCUCGUGUCCAGCCUCCCCUCAACAUUCUCCCACCCAUCAACCCUGUAAAACAACAGUACUUAUUAUUGUCAUGCACGCUGGUAGUGUUUUAGACGCGAAUGUGGAUUUAACAGCAAAGAAAUCGGACAUUACAACGUUUAAAGGAGCCUUUGAAUCAGUGAUGAGGCAACAUUAUCCCAGCAUGGUUGGUCAUGUUGCCGUUAAGUUUGUUUCCUGUCCUUCUAUCUGUACGGAGGGUCUUGGUAUUUUAUCAAGUUUAAGUCCAUACAGCUUUGACGUGUCACCCUCUUCCAUGGAUGCGCCUCAAGUGACCCACGAUACCAUUCCAAUUGGUGCAAUACCAUUACUUGCUAGUUCUACUCCUGAAUACCAGGAUGCAGUCUCGCGAGUCAUAGUAGGAGCUAAUCAAGUAUAUCACGAGUUCAUGAAGAGCGAAGAGGGCCGUGGCUUCACUGGGCAGAUUUGUUUAAUAGGAGACUCAGUAGGAGCGAUUCUAACGUACGACGCUUUAUGUAGAUCUACGCAUUCUAGGCAUAACAGCGAGAACAAUAUUUUGGAUAAUCAAGGGGUUGAAAAUAAUCCUGAAGAUGGUAGACACUUGACUGCACCUUCUCCUAGAAGGAAAUCUUCUAGUAUAAGUGAUGUGUCACACUGCAAGCUGGAUUUUGAAGUGGGAGAAUUUUUUAUGUUUGGUAGCCCACUUGCUCUAGUUCUAGCGUAUAGGAAGGUAUCAUCUGGCAGUGAUAAAACUAGCAACAUAAAAAGGCCACUGGUGAAUCAGUUGUACAAUUUAUUCCAUCCCACUGAUCCGGUAGCUGCUAGAUUAGAACCAUUGAUAUCUGCUAAGUUCUCUCUUCUUCCACCUGUGAACGUGGCUCGGUAUCAAAAGUAUCCGUUAGGGAAUGGUCAGCCUUAUCAUUUACUGGAAACAAUCCAAUCGAAUACACAGUUAUUCACGGAGACUUUAAGUACGCCAGCGUCUCAUUUAAGGCGACUGUCCGAUAUAUCUAUUCAUAGUACAAUGUCUGGGAUGAUUGAAAAUGUUCCUUUACAAUUAGUGUCUAAUUUACAGCAAAGGUGGUGGGGUACAAAGAGAUUAGAUUACGCUCUCUAUUGUCCAGAGGGUUUAGCAAAUUUCCCUACGAACGCUUUGCCACAUGUUUUCCACGCUAGUUACUGGGAGUCAUCCGACGUUAUUGCAUUUAUCCUAAGGCAAUUAGGCCGAUUCGAUUUGCCGUUACUCUCAAACGAGGAAAAAGAUCUAACGUGUUUCCGUCCAGGUCAACCUAGAGAAAAAUGGAAUAAGAAACGAACUUCCGUUAAACUUAAAAAUGUCGCUGCCAAUCAUAGAGCAAACGACAUAAUUGUUAGAGAAGGAGCACCGCAAGUGCUGGUUGCUAGGUUUAUGUACGGUCCGUUCGACGUUUUCACUUUAGCAGGCGAGAAAAUAGACAUUCACAUUAUAAAAAAUACACCUGCUGGAGAAUGGACGUAUUUAUCAACUGAAAUAACUGAUAAGAAUGGUAGAGUAACGUAUAAAAUACCGAGCGAUAAAGCCUUAAGUUAUGGACUGUAUCCAGUUAAAAUGAUCGUUAGAGGUGACCAUACAUCUGUAGACUUCUUCUUGGCUGUGAUUCCACCAAAAACAGAGUGUAUCGUGUUUAGUAUAGAUGGUUCGUUUACCGCGAGUGUGUCUGUUAGUGGGAAGGAUCCAAAAGUUAGAGCUGGGGCUGUUGACGUCGUCAGACACUGGCAAGAACUUGGUUACUUAAUUAUUUAUAUCACCGCGAGGCCUGACAUGCAACAACAGAAAGUUGUUUCCUGGUUGUCUCAACAUAACUUUCCCCAUGGUCUUGUAUCCUUUGCGGAUGGUCUUUCGACAGACCCGCUUGGUCACAAAGCUGCGUACUUAAAUAAACUUGUAGAGGAACACGGUGUGAUUAUUCAUCAUGCUUACGGCAGUAGUAAAGACAUUAGCGUUUACACUGCGAUUAAUCUUAGGGCAAAUCAAAUCUUCAUCAUUGGAAAAGUUCCAAAGAAACUUCACACUUUGGCAACGAUUCUUCACGAUGGUUACGCUGCUCAUUUAACGAGUCUGCAAGCUCAUGGAGGCUCGAGACCAGCCCAGGGCAAUGCCCGUAUGGUGAUACCAAGAGGUCAGUUUGGUUUACCCGGGCAAAAUGCUUCUCUACGACGGAGAAGGUACCUAUUAUGAAGAUACGUUACGCAGCAUAGUUGAUAUCUCGUUUCGGCGAGAGCCGCAACGAUUCUACGCUCAAACUUAAUGUUUUGUCUAUCAGCCGUACAUACACAUGUCCAGAAUUUGUGGUUAAAUCACCAAUGAGUGUCUAGAUGUACAGAGACUAAAAAGUUUUUUCGUUACCUCCUGAUAUGGUCUGAUCUCACUUUAGCGACCAAGGUAAAAAGAACUAGAGUCCCUUCUCGCUUGAAAUCUGUUAGGUGAAUGUUUGUGUUACAGAGAUGAUAUUUAGCUAGAUCCACCAGGGAUGGCGCACGGAAUAUUCGAUUCUAUUAAUUAACGAGAUAUUUCUAUUUUCAUUUGAAUUGUUAGGAAAAAGAAUUAAUCGUCUCGUUUUUAAUUCUAAUUAGACUGAAAACACUUGACGUGUUUCAACUUCUCGUGUAUUUCCGUUCGCUGGUAGAUCAGGCUGAGAUACUGCUUGAUUAACAGCACGAUCGAACAUGUUAUUAUAGUAUAAAAGUUCUGACACGAUGCACGAUUAUUAUACAUGUGAAUGCCGUUUCAAUGAUACCACAACUCACGGACAUACGGUGUAUAUUCAACCAGGAAAAUAUUGAACAGCUUUCACUUGAUUAUCCUGAUUUCAGUACUAAAUUAAAAUUUGAAAAGUCUAUUCAAUACUCUUCCUGUUGAUAAAGUGUUGGUUAACAUAGAUCACUUGGUUUUAAUCUCAAGAUUAAACUGAGUUGAUUCAUUCUAUCUCAUAAUUUGUUCUAUCAUUUAUUAACACAUCUACCAUUGUGGAUGAUUAUGAUGAAUUUUAAGAUGAUUAAUCAAAGAAAUUAAUAUCCACAAUGAAAGAUACGUUUAGACAAAUGAAUGAAUGAUUAAUAAUCAACUCUCUCUAUCGCUGUCAUUGCAGACUGGACAGCUGUUCGUCUUCAUCGUCAUUCGAUCACUCACUGAUGCUUCUUUACUCAUGGAAAUGUUCUAUUUUAUAUCACGCUUUCAGUAUGAACAUCUAAACACACUGCUAGUUCUACCACGCUGCUAAUCCAUCUUCUUCAUCUGCUUCCACGACUGGCGAUCUAUUUUUAACGAUCAGUGCAGUAUGUUUAACAACGUCCAAAUAAUCUUUCGUCAUAAUAUAUGUGUACUUUAGUUCUAGCAUUUUAGUCAAAUUUUAUAGUUAACUGUUAUUGAGGGUCGCUGGUCAGAUAACUGAUUUCAAUUGAAAAAAAGAUUCUGUUUUACUUGUGUACUAAUGAAAAUGGAUGAUAGCUCUUUUAGGCUGGCAAAACGAGCGAUAUCUCAGCCCAUCCCGAGCAAGAUGAUGUAUCCAUUGGAACGAUCAACGAGUGUCGGGCCUUCAAUUUCAUCGCAGCCAACGUCGAACAUCAGAUCCACCGCACCGGAGAAACUCU